AUGAAACAUUCAUACACUCAAACAAAUGCAUCUGAUGAGAUAUUAAGUAAGGAAAGCAAGGAAACAACUGCCUGGACAGUCGACAAUAGUAAAAGUGAAAAGAGUAUUGCUGAACAAGUAACAGAAGCAGCUCAAAGUGCUCUACAAGACUCCGGGAUGGUGUUUGUUGAAUCUAUGGGAAUGUACUACGAUUAUAAGACUGGCUAUUAUUAUAACUCUGAACUUGGUCUCUAUUACCACACUGACACAGACUGUUACUAUUAUUAUUCAGAUGAAAAGAAGUCCUUUGUUUUUCAUUCAUAUCCUGACAAAAGUGCAGAGAAUAUCGCAUUUGAAGCACAUGAAAAGAGGAAAGCUAGGAAGCAUAAAAAGGCUGCUAAAUCUGAUGAUAUAGAAAACCUGACGAAAAAAUUGAAUCAGGAAAAUGAAGAAGGCAGUGAGCCAAAACGUAAGAAGAAAGAAAAUGUUAAGCGAAAAGAUUUUAAGAAUAUUGAUGGGAAUGGGAAAAAUGAUGGGUUUUUGCAAGACUCGGUGAUGAAAGAUGACUUGGAAGAUGGUGAAUGUAGUGCGAGCUCGGACGAUGAGAAUGAAUCCAAUGCAAGUACAGCCUCUCAGAGUGAUGAUGACUCAGUGGCCAAGCAUCAUCCUCCGUGUAUGCGCAUCAUAGUACGUGAGACGAGUCUACAGAAACUUAAAGUGGGGAGUCUGUUCGUGAUCACUAAAGAUGGCGGCAGCGUCGGUCGGGAGGGGAGUGACCACGCCUUCCUACUGAAAGAUCAUAAUGUAUCCAGGAAUCAUUUGGAUAUUAAAUACGAUAUGAAUAGAAGAAUGUACGUUGCUAUUGAUUUGGGAUCCAAGAAUGGCACCAUACUGAACGGGAACCGGAUGUCUGAGAGUCAAAUAGUUAGCCAACCAAUGGAGAUAGUUCACGGUAGUACUCUUCAACUGGGUGAGACGAAACUAUUGUGUCACGUGCAUCCCGGGAAUGAUACGUGUGGUCACUGUGAACCCGGACUUAUCAUGGAAUCUCUAGAUAAAGAGAAAAUCGCUUACACGAGGACGUGUAGUGUUCAAAAACAGCAUCAGCUAGAAUUAGCCAGGUUGAAAAACAAAUAUGCUCCAACACAACUCGCUAUAGAAGAGACGGCUUACAACGACCGAGCUAGAACAAGGCGGGAAACAGUCGGGUCCUCACAUCACUCUGAGAAGACUGUAGCCAGUGAUGUGCACACAUUCAUAGCACCAGAAAACAAGGGUUUCAAACUAUUAGAAAAGAUGGGCUGGUCGAAGGGCGAAGGAUUGGGCAAAGACUCACAAGGAGACCAGGAACCGAUUCCUAUGAUCAGCAACGAAGGUAAAUCUGGUUUGGGUGCUGCCAGCGAGCCUGUUAAAAUAGUCUCCAAAACCCUCGGGCCUGCCACACUCCGCCUUGCAGCACGUACCAAGAUGUUACAACCACCAGCUAAGGCUUUUCAACCUCAAGAUGAAGAGGAAUCAGAAUAA